AAGACACUGCAGGCUGUUUUCCCCUUCACCCAUUUUUCCUCCUCUUUUCCUGUGGUCCAAGUGAUUUCUAAGAGGCCGUAGCUCAGUGAUGCUGGCAGGAUGCAACCCUUUUCAGUCUUCCAUGUGAGAGGAUGAAAGAGAGCUCGCAGCAGAGGGAGGAGGCAGUUGUUUUGAAAGUUGUUUUGCGUUGGGAGCUGGUGGGAAAGUUCAGUCUUCCCCAUUUGGAAAAGGCAGGCUGGGUUCCGCUCCUGCACCACACGCGCUUUCCAUUUUUAGCUUCAUUCAGAGGCAGACAGAGCUCCUUCCUCUUCCUCUCCUUGUUUGUGACACUUUUCUGAGGCAGCUUUUCCACAGUGCCGAGGGUCUGGCGGCCAUGACCCCAGGCAUUCUGGGACACUGGACUGUGUGCCCAGAACAUUUUUCUGCCAUGAGAGGUAAAGCCAGGGAUUGUUCAGAGGCUGCCCCCAAGUGUAACUCCAGCGCUGUGAGGUUUCAGGGAUUGGCAGAGGGGACCAAGGGGACCAUGAAAAUGGACAUGGAGGAUGCGGAUAUGACUCUGUGGACAGAGGCUGAGUUUGAAGAGAAGUGUACAUACAUUGUGAACGACCACCCCUGGGAUUCUGGUGCUGAUGGCGGUACUUCGGUUCAGGCGGAGGCAUCCUUACCAAGGAAUCUGCUUUUCAAGUAUGCCACCAACAGUGAAGAGGUUAUUGGAGUGAUGAGUAAAGAAUACAUACCAAAGGGCACACGUUUUGGACCCCUAAUAGGUGAAAUCUACACCAAUGACACAGUUCCCAAGAACGCCAACAGGAAAUAUUUUUGGAGGAUCUAUUCCAGAGGGGAGCUUCACCACUUCAUUGACGGCUUUAAUGAAGAGAAAAGCAACUGGAUGCGCUAUGUGAAUCCAGCACACUCUCCCCGGGAGCAAAACCUGGCUGCGUGUCAGAACGGGAUGAACAUCUACUUCUACACCAUUAAGCCCAUCCCUGCCAACCAGGAACUUCUUGUGUGGUAUUGUCGGGACUUUGCAGAAAGGCUUCACUACCCUUAUCCCGGAGAGCUGACAAUGAUGAAUCUCACACAAACACAGAGCAGUCUAAAGCAACCGAGCACUGAGAAAAAUGAACUCUGCCCAAAGAAUGUCCCAAAGAGAGAGUACAGCGUGAAAGAAAUCCUAAAAUUGGACUCCAACCCCUCCAAAGGAAAGGACCUCUACCGUUCUAACAUUUCACCCCUCACGUCAGAAAAGGACCUCGAUGACUUUAGAAGACAUGGGAGCCCCGAAAUGCCCUUCUACCCUCGGGUCGUUUACCCCAUCCGGGCCCCUCUGCCAGAAGACUUUUUGAAAGCUUCCCUGGCCUACGGGAUCGAGAGACCCACGUACAUCACUCGCUCCCCCAUUCCAUCCUCCACCACUCCAAGCCCCUCUGCAAGAAGCAGCCCCGACCAAAGCCUCAAGAGCUCCAGCCCUCACAGCAGCCCUGGGAAUACGGUGUCCCCUGUGGGCCCCGGCUCUCAAGAGCACCGGGACUCCUACGCUUACUUGAACGCGCCCUACGGCACGGAAGGUUUGGGCUCCUACCCAGGCUACGCACCCCUGCCCCACCUCCCGCCAGCUUUCAUCCCCUCGUACAACGCUCACUACCCCAAGUUCCUCUUGCCCCCCUACGGCAUGAAUUGUAAUGGCCUGAGCGCUGUGAGCAGCAUGAAUGGCAUCAACAACUUUGGCCUCUUCCCGAGGCUGUGCCCUGUCUACAGCAAUCUCCUCGGUGGGGGCAGCCUGCCCCACCCCAUGCUCAACCCCACUUCUCUCCCGAGCUCGCUGCCCUCAGAUGGAGCCCGGAGGUUGCUCCAGCCGGAGCAUCCCAGGGAGGUGCUUGUCCCGGCGCCCCACAGUGCCUUCUCCCUUACCGGGGCCGCCGCCAGCAUGAAGGACAAGGCCUGUAGCCCCACAAGCGGGUCUCCCACGGCGGGAACAGCCGCCACGGCAGAACAUGUGGUGCAGCCCAAAGCUACCUCAGCAGCGAUGGCAGCCCCCAGCAGCGACGAAGCCAUGAAUCUCAUUAAAAACAAAAGAAACAUGACCGGCUACAAGACCCUUCCCUACCCGCUGAAGAAGCAGAACGGCAAGAUCAAGUACGAAUGCAACGUUUGCGCCAAGACUUUCGGCCAGCUCUCCAAUCUGAAGGUCCACCUGAGAGUGCACAGUGGAGAACGGCCUUUCAAAUGUCAGACUUGCAACAAGGGCUUUACUCAGCUCGCCCACCUGCAGAAACACUACCUGGUACACACGGGAGAAAAGCCACAUGAAUGCCAGGUCUGCCACAAGCGAUUUAGCAGCACCAGCAAUCUCAAGACCCACCUGCGACUCCAUUCUGGAGAGAAACCAUACCAAUGCAAGGUGUGCCCUGCCAAGUUCACCCAGUUUGUGCACCUGAAACUGCACAAGCGUCUGCACACCCGGGAGCGGCCCCACAAGUGCUCCCAGUGCCACAAGAACUACAUCCAUCUCUGUAGCCUCAAGGUUCACCUGAAAGGGAACUGCGCUGCGGCCCCGGCGCCUGGGCUGCCCUUGGAAGAUCUGACCCGAAUCAAUGAAGAAAUCGAGAAGUUUGACAUCAGUGACAAUGCUGACCGGCUCGAGGACGUGGAGGAUGACAUCAGUGUGAUCUCUGUAGUGGAGAAGGAAAUUCUGGCCGUGGUCAGAAAAGAGAAAGAAGAAACUGGCCUGAAAGUGUCUUUGCAAAGAAACAUGGGGAAUGGACUCCUCUCCUCAGGGUGCAGCCUUUAUGAGUCAUCAGAUCUACCCCUCAUGAAGUUGCCUCCCAGCAACCCACUACCUCUGGUACCUGUAAAGGUCAAACAAGAAACAGUCGAACCAAUGGAUCCUUAAGAUUUUCAGAAAACACUUAUUUUGCUUCUUAAGUUAUGACUUGGUGAGUCAGGGUGCCUGUAGGAAGUUGCUUGUACAUAAUCCCAGCUCUGCAAAGCUCUCUCCACAGCAAGUGGUUUCCCCUCACCUCUGGAAUUAAAGAAGGAACUCCAAAGUUACUGAAAUCUCAGGGCAUGAACAAGGCAAAGGCCAUAUAUAUAUAUCUAUCUAUCUAUCUAUCUAUAUACAUAUUAUAUAUACUUAUUUACACCUGUGUCUAUAUAUUUGCCCCUGUGUAUUUUGAAUAUUUGUGUGGAUAUGUUUGCAUAGCCUUCCCAUUACUAAGACUAUUACUGAGUCAUAAUUAUUUUUUCAAUGAUAAUCCUUCAUAAUUUAUUAUACAAUUUAUCAUUCAGAAAGCAAUAAUUAAAAAAGUUUACAAUGACUGGAAAGAUUCCUUGUAAUUUGAGUAUAAAUGUAUUUUUGUCUUGUGGCCAUUCUUUGUAGAUAAUUUCUGCACAUCUGUAUAAGUACCUAAGAUUUAGUUAAACAAAUAUAUGACUUCAGUCAACCUCUCUCUCUAAUAAUGGUUUGAAAAUGAGGUUUGGGUAAUUGCCAAUGUUGGACAGUUGAUGUGUUCAUUCCUGGGAUCCUAUCAUUUGAACAGCAUUGUACAUAACUUGGGGGUAUGUGUGCAGGAUUACCCAAGAAUAACUUAAGUAGAAGAAACAAGAAAGGGAAUCUUGUAUAUUUUUGUUGAUAGUUCAUGUUUUUCCCCCAGCCACAAUUUUACCGGAAGGGUGACAGGAAGGCUUUACCAACCUGUCUCUCCCUCCAAAAGAGCAGAAUCCUCCCACCGCCCUGCCCUCCCCACCGAGUCCUGUGGCCAUUCAGAGCGGCCACAUGACUUUUGCAUCCAUUGUAUUAUCAGAAAAUGUGAAGAAGAAAAAAAUGCCAUGUUUUAAAACCACUGCGAAAAUUUCCCCAAAGCAUAGGCGGCUUUGUGUGUGUGUGAUUUGGGGGCUUGAGUCUGGGUGGUGUUUUGUUGUUGGUUUUUGUUGCUUUUUUUUUUUUUUUUAAUGUCAAAAUUGCACAAACAUGGUGCUCUACCAGGAAGGAUUCAAGGUAGAUAGGCUCAGGCCACACUUUAAAAACAAACACACAAACAACAAAAAACGGGUAUUCUAGUCAUCUUGGGGUAAAAGCGGGUAAUGAACAUUCCUAUCCCCAACACAUCAAUUGUAUUUUUUCUGUAAAACUCAGAUUUUCCUCAGUAUUUGUGUUUUUACAUUUUAUGGUUAAUUUAAUGGAAGAUGAAAGGGCAUUGCAAAGUUGUUCAACAACAGUUACCUCAUUGAGUGUGUCCAGUAGUUGCAGGAAAUGAUGUCUUAUCUAAUGAUUUGCUUCUCUAGAGGAGAAACCGAGUAAAUGUGCUCCAGCAAGAUAGACUUUGUGUCAUUCUAUCUUUUAUUCUGCUAAGCCCAAAGAUUACAUGUUGGUGUUCAAAGUGUAGCAAAAAAUGAUGUAUAUUUAUAAAUCUAUUUAUACCACUAUAUCAUAUGUAUAUAUAUUUAUAACCACUUAAAUUGUGAGCCAAGCCAUGUAAAAGAUCUACUUUUUCUAAGGGCAAAAAAAAAAAAAAAAAAAAAAAAAGAACAA